UAACUGAUAAUCACUUCUUCGCACACAUUGUCUGCAAUUAUUAUGUGUUUAUCACUCGUCGAGUGUCAACACAUUGAACCACAACCACAGCGACGACCAGUUUAAGCGAUGAGAACCACUGGUGACCACCACUUGGAGGGGCCGUCGAUGGUCACCACCACUACAGCCGAGGCCACAGCCAUCGGCGGUGAUCACGUCUACACCAUCGAAGAUCUCGGCCUAAGAGCCGCACCGCAAACGCAACACACAUUCAUUGGUCCCGGAGUGUUUAGAGAGCGUGCCUUCGAGUUGAUAGCAUUUGUGGCCACGAUUACCAUUGUUUUAGUAUACGUUAUAUUCAACUAUUCUGCCAAUCAGUCGCACAACAGCAUUAAAAUUGCGCGUUUGACGAUCACAUGUCUAUUCGCACCCAUACUGAUAGUGGGAGGCAUUGUAUUUACUAUGAGAUACCUUCGGUCCAAAAAUUUGAUUUUCCGGACCGUCGGCGCCAACGCUGAGAUGCAACGGAUCUGCGAAAUACUAUUCGCCGCUCAAAGUCUGUUGAAAUUUGACGUACAAUUAGCCGGUUCUUCGCUCAUACUGUGGCUCCGCAAAGGCUUCAGACAUUGGGAUCAAACCGACCAAAUCGUUGUCAGCAUCGGAUCCAUUGUCACAAUUGCGUGGAUUUCAUUGGGAUUAUGCGGUUUGAAAACAAGCCAACAGUUUAUGUAUUUCUAGCGACGAGUAUUUUCGAGCCCAUUAUUAUUAUCUGGAAUUUAGUCCGAUAUUCAGAGGGUGUCGACGACGAAGUGUNACAAUCCGAUAAAUGUCCAAAGUAUUGUAAUAGCAGUUCCAGCACUGACUACAAUAAUCUCGGUCGAAGUCCAAUACUCAAUACCAUUCCUUAGCCAUAGUAUGAGCGAAGAAGCGCUCAAUUGUACAUCAAAUAUAAGCAAACUCUG